AUGGCGUACGUUGUAUCCGAGAAAAGCCAGAUUUCACCGUUUAACGUUUUGUUGGGAACAAUCUCAAGCCAGCUCACCCGAGAAAGUAUACGCAAGAUUAAAGUACAGCUUCGCGGCCAUGUUACAAAAGAACACCUCGGCAAACUUAAAGGUGGAUUCGAUGUCAUUCACAUUCUUCAAGAACGAGGAUUAGUCACUGAGAGAAAAUUGUCUUUCCUGCGAAAACUUUUGCAAGACUGUGAAUUGUUAGCACUUAUCGAACUAUUGGAUGAAUAUAAACAAGCUGUGCAAGUUAUGAAUGGCAAAUCGAAGGAAGGUGAAAACAGCGCCACAAUCACUCGCAGAAUUAACGCCCUGCAGCGGCUGAUGGGAAGGCAGCUGGAAGAAUUGGCGCAUUGUUCCUCGCGGGGAAAUGAUUUGAAGAAGAAUCUUGAAGAAAAACAAAUGUUACUUGAUUCACAGAAAGAAAUUCUGAUUGUGGGUCAAGAAGCUGUCGAUCGUAUCCUGGAGCAACGAGAAGUGGCGGAACAAGAAAGAAGCGUAGUCGAAGAAAGAGCACAGGAAAAUGAAGCCAUGUUUGAAGCCCAGGAAAGAGAUCUAAAUGAAUUGCAGAGCCUGUUGGGAACGAAGGAUAAACAGUUGAAGAAAUCUGGACGAGGAGAUAAGAGGAAAACUAUCUUUGAAAAACACACCAAUGAGAAAGCAAGUAAGACUUUGCAGACGUUAAACAAACAAAAAGACGAAAAACAAGAAACCUUGAAAAAAAUGAUCAAAUCCGUGGACGAUAUUAGGGUUCAGUUGUUGGCAAAACGCGAGGCCGUCAGACAUCAUAACGAGGCCACAUUUCUAAAAACGCAAGAACUUGUGAGUGUUGACCAAUGUAUUUUGGAAACGAUGGAGGAUGUUAGAAAACUGAAGCAGGAAAUACGAAAGAACGAGUUCGAACUGUCUGAUUUACAGUAUCAAAUCAAUGAGACACAAGAAGAACUUGAACGAACUAGAAGCAAUGGCAUGGCAAAUAAAGCUUAUAAAAUACCGCUCUGGAGAUUAGAAAACACAGAAAAGCAGAAGGCAAAGAGUUUGAAUUAUUCAGAAGUUCUCGAGGAGAAUUCCUAUUCACUUGGCUCACUGGGCAGUCGUACUGUUUCCCUUCAGUUCGACUUCCCGUGCUGCGUAGCAAGUCACAAAGGACUAAUCUAUACCGCUGAUCGAACUAACUGCCGUGUUCUGGUGUUUGACUCUAUGGGGGAGCUCGCUCGGGAACCACUUGAGUUUGGAAACAUGGGCCCUGUAGCUAUUGCAGUCAAUAAACGAGGAAAUAUAAUAACAACGGACUCGCAGAUAAUAAAGGUUUUUAGUUCGGAUGGGGCAUUAUCGCAUAACUUUCUUCCUGUUUACAGCAAGAGGGACACAAGGCCAGAAAUCUCUGCGCUGACUGUGGAUCGCGACGGAAACAUAUUGGCGGCCGAUCGACCGAACCACAGAAUACAAAAAUUUCGUAUUGAUGGUCACUUUUUAGGUUUUAUUGGUGGUUCAAUGUACCUCCAAUAUCCCAGCGGUGUAGCGAUCACGAAGAACAAUGAUGUUGUGAUCUCUGAAUGUGAAAGUCACCAGCUGAAAAUCUUCCAUGAUUACGGAAAGUCUUUUACCGUAGUGGGUCGUAACGGGGCUGGCAAAAAUCAAUUCAUGAAUCCCAGAGGGCUUUCUGUAGACAAUGUGGGUAAUAUUUUAGUGGCUGACAGCUUGAACCAUCGUAUUCAAGUGAUAGACCCACAGGGGAAUUUCAUUGGUAGUUUUGGGAGAUUAGGAUCAGGACCCGGAUGUAUUGAUACUCCGUAUGCAGUAUCGGUGAAUCGCCGAGGUCACGUGAUUAUUGCAGACAGUGGUAAUCACCGUGUGACGGUUUUUACUUGAUACUGUUACUUUUGAUGUGAGAGAGCAACUAGCUCCGUAAAAACCU